GAGGACCUCGUGACCGUCAUAAGGGAAGUGACAGUGGAUGAGCUUAUCACAGUUGUGUGUUUCAAGUGUUGCUUAGUUCUCCCGUAGCUUGUCAGUUGUUUGUGGUUUUGUUAUUAUUUUUGGAUAUGGCAGGGCGUGGGAAGCUGAUAGCGGUGAUCGGUGAUGAGGAUACCUGUACGGGGUUUCUGCUCGGAGGGGUUGGUGAGUUGAACAAGAACCGCAAGCCAAAUUUUUUGGUGGUGGAGAAGGACACAAGCAUCACCGAAAUAGAGGAGACUUUCAAGAGCUUUUUGGCCCGUGAUGACAUUGGAAUAAUCUUGAUAAACCAGUUCAUUGCAGAAAUGAUUCGACAUGCCAUUGAUGCUCAUAUGCUGUCUAUCCCUGCUGUUUUGGAGAUUCCGUCGAAAGAACACCCCUAUGAUGCCUCUAAGGACUCCAUUUUGCGUAGAGCUAAGGGCAUGUUCUCUGCAGAGGACUUCCGGUAAAUACCUCAGAAAGAGGUUUUAAAAAUAGACAGUAAUGUGCUGCAGGAGAUCAAAGUCACAGCAGAAUACUGAUAUACAACAAACAUGAGCUGUAAAUCCAAGGUUCACUUCAAAAGGCCAUUCCAUAUAGUGUGCAUAUAAUGUCUGGAGUGUUCUGUGUAAAAUGUUGUGUACUCAUUCAUUGUUCUGUUUUGUAAUUAUGUAUUUGAUUAUGGUGGUUUAGAUACUUAUAGCUAAGAGUCCAACUAAUGUCAGUAUCUGCAAUGUUGUUUAAUUUAUUUUUAAGUAUCUACAACUAAUUAUAAACUUCAUCCUGCCUUCAAAAUA